AUGUCAUCCAUGUAUGUGGCUCUGGCGCGGCUGCCCACCUACUCCAGUCUGUUUUCACUGGGAGUGAGAGGAGUUGUUGGAUGAAAGAAAGAGAUUCGGUGUUUGAAUAACUCCGUCAUUGGUGUGCUUUUCCGGCAAGGCAUUUCAAGACUAAUACAGGUAUUUCUAGCAAAUGUUUGUCUAUUCAGUGUACUUGGAUACAUGUUCUCCCAAACGCACAUUUAAUUGCCGCGCCCACAGUGUUGGCUUUUGUUUGUAGAGAGCGAUGGAUGUGCGAUAUUGAAUGAACCCUCCAUUCGUUCGAGGGACGCGGAACAUAACAGUUUCUGACGAAUAUACGAUCCAGUAAUUAAAUAAUAUAUUGUAUUCCAAUGGAACAGUAGGCUACUUUGUCAGUGCUUCAUGAGUGUAGCAUGCUUUUGGACCUCUAACAGACAGGUGAAAGAACUAUAGAGUCGUUAGUUAAAAACAUUACUUUUAAUUAAUUUGUUAUAGGCCUAUUUUUCAUUUGUCUAAGUGGGUCUAUAAUAUAAUCAUAGUCAUACACAUUAUGCCUGUAAUUAAUUAAGAAAACUUAUUUUUUCAUGCUUCUUGGAGGAAAUUGAGAUGGAUAUGACAACCUGUCGCUAAUGGAAACUAUAAAAGCCGAUACGAUUAAUUGCUGUUGCCCCUUCAAUAACUGGCAACACCUUGCAACAAGUGGUGUAAAGUAGGCUACUUAAGUACAUAUACAGUACUUUGAAGUACUACUUAAGUCGUUUUUUGGUUUAUCAGUACUUUACUUUACUAUUUAUAUUUUUGAAUACUUUUACUUUUACUCCACUACAUUCCUGAAGAAAAUAAUGUACUUUUUACUCCAUACAUUUUCCCUGACACCCAAAAGUAGUCGUUACAUUUUGAGUGCUUAGCAGUACAGGAAAAUUGUCCAAUUCACGCACUUAUCAAGAGAACAUCCCUGGUCAUCCCUACUGCCUCUGAUCUGGCGGACUCACUAAACACAGUGUUGCCAACUAAUUUCCAGGGGAAGUUGCUAGAGGCAGGUCGAUUAGUUGCUAAAAGACGUUGUAAUGUCAUUGCGCGAUGACGUCAUUACGUAACAACGAAAAACUGCGUCAUUACGUAGAAUGCACAAUAAUGUUACUCAAAUUGACUGGCCAUCUCUGCAACAAAUAUGAUUUGACAUUUGUUAGUUUAGAUUUGUUUGUUAUCACAUCGUUUUAUUUGUAAAAGUAAUAUAAACACAACACAUUUUAUAUGAUCAGAUAUUUUUAUUUUUAAACACAACACAUUGAAUUAUUGAACAAUUACACAUUACACAUGAUUGAACAAUUAUAGUUUAAUUUUCUUAUAAACUAGUAAACCUACACAUUCUGAUCAGUUAUAGUUUAUAGUAGUUAGUUAACAUGCUACCUAACUGAUCAACAAUUAUAGGUACAAGCUAAUAACAAGGUGUAUAUAUGCUAUCUUAUUGAACAAGCAACUUAAAUCAAAUGAUGUGUGCGCUAGGCAUCUCUCUCCAGCUCUCUCCAGGUUGUUGUGCUGCUUGGCUGGCCUGCUGCUGCCUGUGCACGAGCUGAGCGCCUGCUGCUGACAUCACUCACAAUGCACUUUUGCAGCCAGGCACGUGUGUUGUGACUGAGUGUGUGACAGAGAAAAUCGUUUUGUGUGUCAUUUAGAGGGAAAAUGUGUGCAGUUUAGCGUUUGAGUCACUUUUCAAAAGUUGCUAAAAGUUCCAAAUACAUUUUUAAAAGUAGCUACAUUUGUUGCUAGGUGCUGUUUCAAAAGAAAGUUGCCAGGGUAGUCUGAAAGGUUGCUAAAUCUAGCAACAAAAUUGCUAAGUUGGCAUCACUGAACACAAAUGCUUUGUUUCUAAAUUAUGUCUGAGCGCUGGAGUGUGCCCCUGGCUAUCGGUAAAAUAAUAUAUAUAUUUUAAAUUCGUGCCAUCUGAUUUGCUUAAUUAUAAGGAAUAUGAAAUGAUUUUUACUUUUGAUAGGCUACUUAAGUAUAUUUAAAACCAAAUACUUUUACUCAAGUAAUAUUUUACUGGGUGACUUUCACUUUUACUUGAGUCAUUUUCUAUUAAGGUAUCUUUACUUUUACUCAAGUAUGACAGUUGGAUACUUUUUCCACCACUGCUUGCAACAAGUUGUUUUUUGGCUAAAACAUAUAAUAAUUCCCUAGUUUGUAGGAAUGUUGCAUAAGAUUAGACUACUGGCUACAAGUAGGCUAGGGCCGCAGUAGGUCUGUAGUUUUCCUAUAGAAAAGUCAUAACAUAACUGAAAGGUGUUUGCUGUUAGGCCUACACACAGGUAGGAAGUGGAUGGGCAACUGUUUAGCCCUAAAUGUUAAAAGAAAUCGUCCCUUCACUUGAAUUUCAUGCACACUUCAUGUCACUGCAAUCAGAGAUGGGUGGAGGAAGUAGGCCUCUCUUUUAUAUUCUGUAUAUGCAGACCUACACAUACAGUUAAUUAGUUAAUUGUUUAUCAAUUAACAUGUAGUAUAAACAACUGUAUGCACACCACAUGUUCCCACAGUUUUGGAGUCUGCGCAUUGUGAAUAGAGUAUUUGUAACAUCGCGUUCACGUGCAAGUGAACUCCCGGAGCGAGUUCUUUAUUUUCACCCAAUGAUCACGCCAAACCUGCUUUACCACGUAGUAUUUCAUUUUCAAGACUCCCGUUUGCAGGUUACUGUGUACAAAGGUUAUUUGUAGACAUGAAACUUGUUUCACCACCUUGCCAGGAAAAGUAGCCUACUUUAUAGUUGUAUUUCCAUAAUUGUAUUCAGUGCUGUUUACAAUGUAAAGCUUCCAAGACCCCACCUAGAGAGCUAUAUCUGGGGGGCUAUACACACAGUAUUAAACCAGUGUUCUGUGAAACUACUCCCAAUGACUUUGCGAAUGUAGAUAACUCAGUAACUCAUCUGGUUUGUUUGUAGACUAUAGAAUUCAAUGUUUGAACCUAUUCAGGCUUUGUGGAUGCAGAGCAGGCAUGUAGUCUUUCACUUGCAGAGGAGAGGAGCGGGAGGCAUGGCAGCUGCCUUCCCCUGAGCAUGGAAGAUUCUUAUGCUAAACAACAAUCCUCUCCUUCAUUCUCUCAAUAACCUCAAUUGUUGUUAUUCUGUGUGUGUGUCACAUGCACAUUCUUUGUGUAUUUCAUCAGUGUGUGCACACCUCCACAUUUGGUGUGUGCGCAUGGAUUCUUUGUAAUUUACUGUGUCACCUAGAUUGAACACCCACUCCCUCAUUCCUCUCAAUCUCUCUUGUAACGUCAGGAAGCAGGUACAGGGAGUGAAUUGAAUAAUAAAUAAUACAUGGAACAAAUAAGAAACACGAGUAGCGUACAAACAUGAAACACAGGAACAGAAUCAAUAAUGCCUAGGAAAGGAACCAAAGGGAGUGACAUACAGUGCUAUGAAAAAGUACACUGCUCAAAAAAAUAAAGGGAACACUUAAACAACACAAUGUAACUCCAAGUCAAUCACACUUCUGUGAAAUCAAACUGUCCACUUAGGAAGCAACACUGGUUGACAAUAAAUUUCACAUGCUGUUGUGCAAAUGGAAUAGACAACAGGUGGAAAUUAUAGGCAAUUAGCAAGACACCCCCAAUAAAGGACUGGUUUUGCAGGUGGUGACCACAGACCACUUCUCAGUUCCUAUGCUUCCUGGCUGAUGUUUUGGUCACUUUUGAAUGCUGGCGGUGCUUUCACUCUAGUGGUAGCAUGAGAUGGAGUCUACAACCCACACAAGUGGCUCAGGUAGUGCAGCUCAUCCAGGAUGGUACAUCAAUGCGAGCUGUGGCAAGAAGUUUUGCUGUGUCUGUCAGCGUAGUGUCCAGAGCAUGGAGGCGCUACCAGGAGACAGGCCAGUACAUCAGGAGACGUGGAGGAGGCCGUAGGAGGGCAACAACCCAGCAGCAGGACUGCUACCUCCGCCUUUGUGCAAGGAGGAGCAGGAGGAGCACUGGCAGAGCCCUGCAAAAUGACCUCCAGCAGGCCACAAAUGUGCAUGUCUGCUCAAACGGUCAGAAACAGACUCCAUGAGGGUGGUAUGAGGGCCCGACGUCCACAGGUGGGGGUUGUGCUUACAGCCCAACACCGUGCAGGACGUUUGGCAUUUGCCAGAGAACACCAAGAUUGGCAAAUUCGCCACUGGCGCCCUGUGCUCUUCACAGAUGAAAGGAGGUUCACACUGAGCACAUGUGACAGACGUGACAGAGUCUGGAGACGCCGUGGAGAACGUUCUGCUGCCUGCAACAUCCUCCAGCAUGACCGGUUUGGCGGUGGGUCAGUCAUGGUGUGGGGUGGCAUUUCUUUGGGGGGCCGCACAGCCCUCCAUGUGCUCGCCAGAGGUAGCCUGACUGCCAUUAGGUACCGAGAUGAGAUCUUCAGACCCCUUGUGAGACCAUAUGCUGGUGCGGUUGGCCCUGGGUUCCUCCUAAUGAAAGACAAUGCUAGACCUCAUGUGGCUGGAGUGUGUCAGCAGUUCCUGCAAGAGGAAGGCAUUGAUGCUAUGGACUGGCCCGCCCGUUCCCCAGACCUGAAUCCAAUUGAGCACAUCUGGGACAUCCUGUCUCGCUCCAUCCACCAACGCCACGUUGCACCACAGACUGUCCAGGAGUUGGCGGAUGCUUUAGACCAGGUCUGGGAGGAGAUCCCUCAGGAGACCAUCCGCCACCUCAUCAGGAGCAUGCCCAGGCGUUGUAGGGAGGUCAUACAGGCACGUGGAGGCCACACACACUACUGAGCCUCAUUUUGACUUGUUUUAAGGACAUUACAUCAAAGUUGGAUCAGCCUGUAGUGUGGUUUUCCACUUUAAUUUUGAGGGUGACUCCAAAUCCAGACCUCCAUGGGUUGAUAAAUUUGAUUUCCAUUGAUAAUUUUUGUGUGAUUUUGUUGUCAGCACAUUCAACUAUGUAAAGAAAAAAGUAUUUAAUAAGAUUAUUUCAUUCAUUCAGAUCUAGGAUGUGUUAUUUUAGUGUUCCCUUUAUUUGUUUGAGCAGUGUAUUUGCCCCCUUUCUAAUUUUCUCAACAUUCAGUAUCACAAAUAUGCAAAAGUAAUCAGAUCUUCAACCAAAACCUAAUAUUAGAUAAAGGGAACAUAAGUGAACAAAUAACACAACAAUUACAUAUUUAUUUCAUAAACAAAGUUAUGCAACACCCAAUUCCCCUGUGUGAAAAAGUAAUUGCCCCCUUACACUCAAUAACUGGUUGUGCCACCUUUAGCUGCAAUGACUCCAACCAAAUGCUUCCUGUAGUUGUUGAUGGGUCUCUCACGUCGCUGUGGAGGAAUUUUGGCCCCCUCUUCCAUGCAGAACUGAUUUAACUCAGUGACAUGUGGGUUUUCAAGCAUGAACUGCUCGUUUCAAGUCCUGCCACAACAUCUCAAUUGGGAUUAGGUCUGGACUUUGACUAGGCCAUUCCAACACUUCCAAUUUGUUGCUUUUUAGCAAUUUUCAUGUAGACUUGAUUGUGUGUUUUGGAUCAUUGUCUUGCUGCAUGACCCAGCUGCGCUUCAGCUCACAGACAGAUGGUCUGACACUCUCCUGUAGAAUUCUCUGAUACAGAGCAGAAUUCAUGGUUCCUUCUAUUAAGGCAAGUCGUCCAGGUCCUGAGGCAGCAAAGCAUCCCCAAACCAUCACACCACCACCACCAUGCUUGACCUUUGGUAUGAUGUUCUUACUGUGGAAUGCAGAGUUUGGUUUUCGCCAGGCAUUACUGGAACCAUGUCGUCCAAAAAGUUAUACUUUUGAAUCAUCUGUCCAUAGAACUUUCUUCCAAGAGUCUUGAUGAUAAUCCAGGUGUUUUUUGGCAAACUUGAGUCAACUUUUUGACGAGAUGGGUCCCAUUAUGCCUGGCGAAAACCAAACACUGCAUUCUGCAGUAAGAACAUCAUACCAAAGGUCAAGCAUGGUGGUGGUGGUGUGAUGUUUUUAUAUAUCCACGAAUAUUGACCACGAAGACCGCCAUACUCCCAUUUACUAUAAUUGGGAAUCCUGCUUUCUGAAAACAUUCCCUGCAGUACCCUGGUCAGCCUUGAACUGGAAGAUGUAGACCAGAGCUCUCCAACCCUGUUCCUGGAAAGCUACCCUCCUGUAGGUUUUUCGCUCCAACCCCAGUUGUAAUUAACCUGAUUCAACUUAUCAACCAGCUAAUUAUCAGAAUCAGGUGCGCUAGAUUAGUGUUGGAGUGAAAACCUAGAGGACUGUAGAUCUCCAGGAACAGGGUUGGAGAGCCCUGAGGUAGACCAUCAGUAUAAUAUUUUAUGCAGCUGUGUGGUCCUGUUACUAUAGUGAUGGUACUGUAGCUGUAACUGUGAUUUCCUGGUUAAUAGAUGUUUGUAUGUGACUCUGUGGUCCUGUUUCCAUAGCGAUGGCAGACGCCCACCAGGUGGUGGCAUGUGUGACUAGUCUGCGACUCCAGACCACCAGAAGAGUGAAAUAUGUGAAAGUGACUAAAUAGAGCAGAUUAUUGUAUGUAACUCUGGUCCUGUUUCCGUAGCGAUGGCAGAGGCCCACCAGGCAGUGGCGUUCCAGUUCACCAUCACCCCAGAGGGGAUCGACCUGCGCCUUUCAUACCAGGCCCUGUCCCAGAUCUGCCUCUCUGGCCUGCGCUCCUGGAAGAAGAGGAUCAGCCGCAUGAGGGUAAGGAAGGGGGGUGAGGGUGGUUGUGGGUGUGAUAACAAGAUGAUGCCGAAAGACGUGGUUGCCCUAUUUUUUAGCUCCGAGACAACUUUGCAGUAUUCUUUUGUGUGUGUUAUUUCUUACAUUUAUUUGCUCAGAACGUUUCUUGCAUUAUUACCUACAGCCACUGUACAACAGGAGUAUAGCCUGCCUGGCUGGCAUGAAAAUGAACCACGGAAAAAGCGUCCUCCAUUUGCUAUUUAAGUCCAUAGAUGACAUGUAUUUUUCCCCCCUGCCCUGUGCAGAGACAGGUGCAUGAUAAUGAUUCAUUCUAAAUCAAAAUAAAUUUCACACAUAUUAUUUAGUAUAUGUAAAGACAAAGAUUAAAUCAAGAACUGAUGGGUGACAAUAUUAGUCUAUAACUUGUGAAUGAUAUAUUAUCACUUGUGAAUAAUGCCCAGCGUGUGCAGUAAGGCAAGAAACAACGCAUGCCUUUUUUUGCGACAUUUUCAAAACAUAGUUGCACGCCUCAUGUAGCCUAGCCCAUAGGCCUAUAUGUUUUGAUAAGGUUUGUAUCACAACUAAAGUGGCCAAAUAACUUCUUAAAAUGAAGCACAUUAAUCCGCUUUCAACCGGUGUAGAGCCUAACUGGCAUACAGUGAGGGGAAAAAAGUAUUUGAUCCCCUGCUGAUUUUGUACAUUUGCCCACUGACAGACAUGAUCAGUCUAUAAUUUUAAUGGUAGGUUUAUUUGAACAGUGAGAGACAGAAUAACAACAACAAAAUCCAGAAAAACGCAUGUCAAAAAUGUUAUAAAUUGAUUUGCAUUUUAAUGAGGGAAAUAAGUAUUUGACCCCUCUGCAAAACAUUACUUAGUACAUGGUGGCAAAGCCCUUGUUGGCAAUCAGAGGUCAGACGUUUCUUGUAGUUGGCCACCAGGUUUGCACACAUCUCAGGAAGGAUUUUGUUCCACUCCUCUUUGCAGAUCUUCUCCAAGUCAUUAAGGUUUCGAGGCUGACGUUUGGGAACUCGAAUCUUCAGUUCCCUCCACAGAUUUUCUAUGGGAUUAAGGUCUGGAGACUGGCUAGGCCACUCCAGGACCUUUUAAUGUGCUUCUUCUUGAGCCACUCCUUUGUUGCCUUGGCCUAGCCAACUCCAUGUUUGACGGUGGGGAUGGUGUUCUUGGGGUCAUAGGCAGCAUUCCUCCUCCUCCAAACACGGCGAGUUGAGUUGAUGCCAAAGAGCUCGAUUUUGAUCUCAUCUGACCACAACACUUUCACCCAGUUCUCCUCUGAAUCAUUCAGAUGUUCAUUGGCAAACUUCAGACGGGCCUGUAUGUGCUUUCUUGAGCAGGGGGACCUUGCGGGCGCUGCAGGAUUUCAGUCCUUCACGGCGUAGUGUGUUACCAAUUGUUUUCUUGGUGACUAUGGUCCCAGCUGCCUUGAGAUCAUUGACAAGAUCCUCCCGUGUAGUUCUGGGCUGAUUCCUCACCGUUCUCAUGAUCAUUGCAACUCCACGAGGUGAGAUCUUGCAUGGAGCCCCAGGCCGAGGGAGAUUGACAGUUAUUUUGUGUUUCUUCCAUUUGCGAAUAAUCACACCAACUGUUGUCACCUUCUCACCAAGCUGCUUGGCGAUGGUCUUGUAGCCCAUUCCAGCCUUGUGUAGGUCUACAAUCUUGUCCCUGACAUCCUUGGAGAGAGCUUUGGUCUUGGCCAUGGUGGAGAGUUUGGAAUCUUGAUUGAUUGAUUGCUUCUGUGGACAGGUGUCUUUUAUACAGGUAACAAGCUGAGAUUAGGAGCACUCCCUUUAAGAGUGUGCUCCUAAUCUCAGCUCGUUACCUGUAUAAAAGACACCUGGGAGCCAGAAAUCUUUCUAAUUGAGAGGGGGUCAAAUACUUAUUUCCCUCAUUAAAAUGGAAAUCAAUUUAUAACCUUUUUGACAUGCGUUUUUCUGGAUUUUUGUUGUUGUUAUUCUGUCUCUCACUGUUCAAAUCAACCUACCAUUAAAAUUAUAGACUGAUCAUUUCUUUGUCAGUGGGCAAACGUACAAAAUCAGCAGGGGAUCAAAUACUUUUUUCCCUCACUGUCUAUAGGUGUCAAGUGAGUUUCAAGUUUGGGGAAGAUCAUUUUCACCAUAAAAAUGCACCUUUAUAGUAAAGCAUUACAUGCAUAAUCAGAUUUCUUUCUCGCACAAAAGGACAAGUUGACCAAUAGAAUAGGUAAACUUUUGUACUAUUGGGGAUAGUAGAUUGACAUAGGCUAGUGCUUUUGCUCUUCAUUAGGCCUACUCAUCUUGUUGGCUGACAAAAAGUAAAUGUGGACAGUUCUUCUAACAUCUUCAAUAUGCGCCUCGGAACUCGAUAAGAAGGACACACGCAGUUACGUCCCAGAUGUGUCUGUCUCCGCAUUGGAUCUGAGAUGCCUGUGAGAAGGAUCCGAUCACUUGACAGGCAUUGGCUAAUAAGAAUUGAGAUACACUACCGUUAAAAAGUUUGGGGUCACUUAUAAAUGUCCUUGUUUUCGAAAGAAAAGCAAUUUUUUUGUCCAUUAAAAUAACAUCAAAUUAAUUAGAAAUACAGUGUAGACAUUUAAUGUUGUAAAUAGCUAUUGUAGCUGGAAACGGCUGAUUUUUAAAAAUGGAAUAUCUACAAAGGCGUUCAGAGCCCCAUUAUCAAAUACCAUCAGUCCUGUGUUCCAAUGGCACGUUGUGUUUGCUAAUCCAAGUUGAUCAUUUUAAAAGGCUAAUUGAACAUUAAAAAACCCUUUUGCAAUUAUGUUAUCACAGCUGAAAACUGUUGUGCUGAUUUAAAGAAGCAAUAAAACUGGCCUUCUUGAGACUAGUUGAGUAUUUGGAGCAUCAGCAAUUGUGGGUUCGAUUACAGGAUCAAAAUGGCCAGAAACAAUUAACUUUCUUCUGAAACUCGUCAGUCUAUUCUUGUUCUGUGAAAUGAAGGCUCUAGAAAUAUAAGCAUUUCACUGCACCUGCAUUAACAGCUUUAAUAUGUGUACGUGACCAAUACAAUUUUAUUUCAUUUGGGUGUGCGUGUGUGUGAGAGAUACAGUGCAUUCAAAAAGUAUUCAGACCCCUUGACUUUUUCCACAUUUUGUGACGUUACAGCCUUAUUCUGAAAUGGAUUACAUAGUUUUUUCCCUCAUCAAUCUACACACAAUACCCCAUAAUGACAAAGCAAAAACAGAUUUUUAGAAUUGUUUGCAAACUUCUUAAAAAAAAAAAAACUAUCACAUUUACAUAAGUAUUCAGACCAUUUACUCAGUACUUUGAAGCAAAUUUGGCAGCGAUUACAGCCUCAAGUCUUCUUGGGUAUGACGCUACAAGCUUGGCAUACCUGUAUUUGGGGAGUUUCUCCCAUUCUUCUCUGCAGAUCCUCUCAAGCUCUGUCAGGUUAGCUGCACAGCUAUUUUCAGGUCUCUCCAGAGAUGUUCGAUCGGGUUCAAGUCUGGGCUCUGGCUGGGCCACUCAAGGACAUUCAGUGACUUGCCUUGAAGCCCCUCCUGCAUUGUCUCGGCUACGUGCUUAGAUGCUUAGGGUCUUUGUCCUGUUGGAAGGUGAACCUUCGCCCCAGUCUGAGGUCCUGAGCGCUCUGUAGCAGGUUUUCAUCAAGGAUCUCUCUGUACUUUGCACUGUUAAUCUUUCCCUUGAUCCUGACUAGUCUCCCAGUCCCUGCUGCUGAAAAACAUCCCCACAACAUGAUGCUGACACCACCAUGCUUCACCGUAGAGAGGGUGCCAGGUUUCCUCCAGACGUGACGCUUGUCAUUCAAUCUUGGUUUCUUGGUUUCAUCAGACCAGAGAAUCUUGUUUCUCAUGGUCUGAGAGUCUUUAGGUCCAAGUGGGCUGUCAUGUGCCUUUUACUGAGGUGUGGCGUCCGUCUGUCCACUCUACCAUAAAGGCCUGAUUUGGUGGAGUGCUGCUGAGAUGGUUGUCAUUCUUGAAGGUUCUUCCAUUUCCACAGAGGAACUCUGGAGCUGUAUCAGAGUGACCAUUGGGUUCUUGGUCACCACUCUGACCCCGAUUGCUCAGUUUGGCCAUGCGGCCAUCUCUAGGAAGAGUCUUGGUGGUUCCAAACUUCUUCCAUUUAAGAGUGAUGGAGGCCACUGUGUUCUUGGGGACCUUCAAUGCUGCAGAAUUUUGUUGGGUACCCUUCCCCAGAUCUGUGCCUCGACACAAUCCUGUCUCAGAGCUCUACGCACAAUUCCUUCGACCUCAUGGCUUGGUUUUUGCUCUGACAUGCACUGUCAACUGUGGGACCUUACGUAGACAGGUGUGUGCUUUUCCUAAUCAUGUCCAAUCAAUUGAAUUUACCACAGGUGGACUUCAAUGAAGUUGUAGAAACAUCUCAAGGAUGAUCAAUGGAAACGAGCUCAAUUUCGAUUCUCAUAGCAAAGGGUCUGAAUACUUAUCUAAAUAAGGUAUUUCAGUUUUAUUUUAAAUACAUUUGCUAAAAAACAACUGUUUUCGCGUUUUCAUUAUGGGGUAUUGUGUGUAGAUUUAAUGAGGAAAUUGUUUUAUUUAAUCCAUUUUAGAAUAAGGCUGUAACGUAACAAAAUGUAGAAAAAGUCAAGGGGUCUGAAUACUUUCUGAAUGCACUGAGAAUGUGUGUGUAUGAGAGAAUGUAUGCAUGUGUGUGCUCAUGUUCUGUGAAAUGCAAUAUGUAGGUGCUACAGAGCCUGAUGCAGAGGUAAACGAGCUGCACUGAUGUGUAUAAUAUGUCAACAAAUACCUUUUUGUUAGCACAUUACUUAUUUUGCCCUGCUCAUGAUACAGCUCUGCAGAUAAGUGUUCCUGUUUUUUUGUGAGCUUGUGUCACAUCGGUUUUUUCAUGCAAUGUCACUUCCGUCAUGUUGUCUAUGCUGUAGUUCUCAACUAGUUUAGAAAACUUUAAUGUCCUCUUGAGGCAAUUCAUUUUGCAGCAAUCGUUACAUACAGACAAAAUCACAUUUUAAAACAACAACAACAGAUAUCAAAGGAUAUUUACAAGGAAGAAGGCUCAAUAAUGGCUAGGCCUACAUGUACGUUAAAGUAUUGAACUAGUGUUCAAGCCGACAACCUGAUUUCUAUGGGGUCCCUGUGCACGCUCAGACAUUGUUAUGGGAUGUUGACUUGAAGCAAAGCCGCACCCGUUCUUAAAGUUUUUGUUUCAAUUCCAACGUUGGAUUGUUUACUUUUGAGUGCAACAGUUCCUUCUUCAAACUCCUGCUGAACUAAUCCCAGGCAUGUUUAAGAGUUUGAAUUGGGGGAUGUUGAGAUUAAGGGUUCUCUAUGUACAGUAUGUACCACAUCUUCCUCUACACCAGUCUAUCUAUCGAUCGAUUGAUAGUGGGCUCCAAAUUGACUGGGACCCCUGACUGGCAAUGCACAAACAAUACUUAAAAAUGUAUAAACAAUAUAAUUAUAGAGAGAAACUCAAAGUACCAACAUGUGAGAAAUACUGUACUAUAUUAAUGUUCCAAUGGAACCCACCAAAAUCAUUUAUUGAUUUAAUAAAAAAUCAAAGUCCUCCAAAUCAAGGUUUCACAAUUAAUGGCACCCUUAAAGAUUAAUGUAAAUAACAUCUACCAAAAUUAAACCAGGCAUUAAAUUCCACUUAUUGAAGUUUAUCAAAGUCUUAAGGAACUAUAUUGAGCCAUUUCAUCACUUCCUGUUUCACUAGGGUAUAAAAAUGAGGUAACACGCAUGCAAUAUCCCUUUGUCACCAACACCAUGAAGAAAACAAAAGAACUGGCAGUUCAAAAGAGACAGAUGGUUAUAGACCUUCAUAAAUCUGGUAAUGGCUACAAGAAGAUCCACAAACGAUUGAAUAUACCACUGAGCACUGUCAGGGCAAUAAUUAAAAAGAUAUGGAACAGUUGAAAACCUCACGGGUAGAGGAUGCAAAUGCAUUUUGCCUCCCAGGAUAGGGAGGAGGAUGGUGAGAGAAGCAACAAAAUCUCCAAGAAUCACUGUGAAAGAAUUGCAGGCCUUGGUGGCGUCUUGGGGUCACCAGGUUUCAAAAAGCACCAUCAGACGCCACCUCCACAACCACGGGCUCUUUGGAAGGGUUGCCAGAAGAAAGCCCUUUCUGACCCCAAGACACAGACGCAAGCGCUUUGAGUUUGCCAAACGUCAUUUAAAUUAUGACUGGAAGAAUGUGCUCUGGUCAGAUGAGACCAAAAUGGAAUGUUUUGGUCAGAUACAGCAUUGGCAUGUUUGCCGUCGAAACAGAGAUGCAUACAAGGAGAGAAUUCCAGAGGUCCAGGGGCACUGGUUAAGAUUGAUGCCAUAAUGAAUUCCACCAAGUAUCAGGCAAUUUUGGCUGACAAUCUGGUUGCCUCUGCCAGAAGGUGGUUCCAAACUUGGCCGUAGGUGGACUUUCCAACAAAACAAUGACCCAAAACAUACCUCAAGAUCCACACAGAAAUGGUUCUGUGACAACAAAAUCAAUGUUCUGCCAUCUCAGUCGCCGGACCUCAACCCAAUCGAAAAUAUGUGGGCUGAGUUGAGGAGGGCAGUUGAUAAGCGCAAACCCAAGAAUGUGAAGGAUCUUGAAAGGAUCUUCAUAGAGGAAUGGUCCAAAAUCCCUCCAAACAUUACAGGAAAAGACUCCAUGCUGUUAUCCUUGCCAGAGGUGGUUGCACUUAGUACUAAAUGAGGAGUGCCAAUAAUUAUGAAACCUUGAUUUUGGUGACAUUUAUUUUGUAUUAAAUAAUUGUAUGAUUUUGGUUGGUUCCAUUGAAACAUUGAUAAAGUACAGUAUUUCUCACAUGUUGGUAUUUUGAGUUUAUCUCUAUAAUUAUAUUGUUUGUGCAAUGCCAGUCAGGGGUGCCAGUAAUUAUGUAUGUCUGUCUGGUAUAUUCAGAUCAAUAUAUAGUAUAACACCUUCUCUAUGGGUUCUUCGCUAUUUCACCCUUAUUCAUAUUUACUACUUUCUUUACUCUUCCUCAGGUAACAAUAUCCAAUUCAUCCUAUAUACUGACACUAUGUUUUUCUACUGGUCUUUAAGGAUCCUGUACACUGACCUUUACCUGUAUAUUUUCUACCAGUCCUACCAUUUCAUAUUCUAUGUACAGUUUAUUCAUACUGUGCUCUUCUUCUGUGGUGACAGAACAGGGUGAUCAAAGGGGUGUACCCUGCCAGCCCUUCCUCCUGGCUGUUUGUUGUCAUAGCGAUCCUGGCCACCAUGUACACACGCUCUGACCCCUCCAUGGGCCUCAUUGCCAAAAUCCAGGAGCACCUGCCCGUCAGGUAACUAGCUACAUCACUCAUUACCUCUCCCUGUGAGGUAACUACAUCAUACACUGUCCUAGGGAGGAAGAGGAGGAAGAGAGAGGCAAGUAGGGGGAGGGAGAGCGUGUGAGAGGGAGGGGGGAUAGUUACUUUGUGUAGUAGAUGCUAUACACGUUGACUGACUGACUGACUGACUGACCAACUACAGAUAAUGUUAACUAGCAAGUCAGAGAGUCAAAUAAAAGAGGAAGACAAUUAAGCAAUAAGGCACGAGGGGGUUUGGUAUAUGGCCAAUAUACCACGGCUAAGGGCUGUUCUUAGGCAUGACGCAAUCGCCUUAUUGCUAUUAUAAACUGGUUACCAACAUAAUUAGAACAGUAAAAAUACAUGUUUUGUCAUACCUGUGGUGUAAGGUCUGAUAUACCAUGGCUUUCAGACAAUCAGCAUUCAGGGCUCAAACCACCCAGUUUAUAAUUAGUGUUAUACUACACAUGACCUAUCCUCUUAUUAAAGCUACAUCCUGGGCUUAGCUGACUAUAGUCAUGGCUGACUCACUUUACCAUUUAUGUAUACUCACAUUCCUGCGCACUCCUCCCUUUCUCCUCCCAUGAUAACAUUCAUUGCGUUCAAUGAGUAAAUGUGAAGUGUGUGUGUGAAGUAUUUCUUCCCCUGCCCCUGUUCCUGCCAUUUAAUAAUGGGCCAUUCUAAAUAGAAACACAUUUUAUAUAUUUGUAAAGACAAGAUUCAAUUGAGAAUAGUCUGAUGGGUGAAAUAUGAUCACUUGAUGAGAGAAACACUGUGCAGCCUGAAGCAAGGAACUGAGAGCAAGCAUUUUUGCGACUUUCUCAAAUCAAAAAUAGCCUAUAGUCGCAUCAUGCAGCCCAUAUAUCUUUUGAUUUCUAAGACAUUCUAAGGUUUGUAUCAUUCAUAAUUAAAGUUUCCAAAUAACUCUAAAUCUAGCAUAUAGCAUCAUAUAAUAUAAAAGAAUGGCAUGGGACUUCUAAGCAUAUCUUGUCAGCUAAAUGAACAAGCCUACAGCCUAUGGCAUGGAGCCAACAAAUAUUAUUUUCUUCUGAAAUACAUUUUCUUAAUAUCAUGUUUCUUUAGACCUGACUAAAAUAAAUAAUGGAUUUAUUGUGAUGGGGUAUAUUAAAUUGAUUUAUUAUACUUUUUUUUUAAAUGUAGAUGUUCCAAAGGCGUGCAUCAGUGGCUUGUAUCCAUGGAGGCUUGGAGAUGCUAAAUGUGAUUAUGUUAAUUAACGGUCAAUUACCGUGACACUGGCAGUCUUUUUCAUGACAAUAACUGGCUGACAUGGGUAGGGCUCGUUCUUAAAAUUCCUGCCAGUACAGGGCUCUAAUCUUCUACAUUUGACCAAUAGAGGUCCCCAUAUUACUUUUUCUUUUAUCCAGUGAUGAUUUCUUAGCCUCUCACAGACCUACAACCAUACUGACAACCAGUCUACUACUAUCAUGUGUUAAUUUGAUGUAUUCUCUCUCUCUCUCUCUCCCCCCCCCCCACCUACCAGUAGUCUGUCUCUGAGUGCCCAGGGCCAGACCAUGCUGUCAGUGCUGGUGUUCAGUACCCUGCUGUGGCUAUCUCUCAUCCUGACCCUGAGGUUCUGUCUCAAACUGCUGCUCUCCUACCACCGCUGGAUGUUCGAGCAGCACGGACGCAUCUCCACCACCACCAAAGUCUGGGUGGUAUGUAUGCUAUGCCAGAGACGGUGGAAACCUUAAUGAGGAAACACUCUUUGUACUUCUCACUCUAGCACUUGUUCGUUUUUCUGUAGUAAAUGGAUGGAUGGAUUAAUAGUGGUAUUGUAAUUGCUGGUAAUGGUAUUUGUUGUGGCAAUAGUACAGGCAGUGGCAAAAGCAUUAACAGGAGAGGUAGCUGCAGUUGGACCACAGAUAGAACAAUGAGACAAAUAUUUCACUGGAGGUAUAAAUGUUAAGCAUCUGGUUUGUGUUUCCACUCACUACCAAAUAUGGUAGUGCAAAGGCUAAUUGAGUUAUUGCACACACACACUUCAGAGUAGGCGUUCCCUAAUGGAAAUAUGCAGAUACGUGCUAGAACGGGCAAAUAGGAUCUCGCUAGGUCGUGCUUGGCUCUGCCCACCUCCUUGCUUGUUCUGCCCACUAUGACUUAUUUGUUCCCAUUGGAAACGACAGGCUGUGGUCUAUCUUGGUUUAGUUAUACAAAUAUUUGGUUGUACUGUGAUUGAAGUGUUAGUAGAUUAAUUUAUGUUCCCUCUCUCUCAGACCCUGGUGCGUCUGCUGUCUGGCAGGAAGCCUCUCCUGUACAGCUAUCAGACCUCUCUACCUUGCCUGCCCGUCCCGCCCAUCAAAGACACACUGGAGAGGGUGAGUGUCCACCGAUCCAGGAUCAGCUUCCCCCAAAUGCAUAACCAAUCUAAGAGUGUCCAGUUCACCCUAGUGGCGGAGAUGCAGUGCCUUCAGAAAGUAUUCACACCCCUUGACUUUUUCCUAAUUUUGUUGUUACAGCCUGAAUUUAAAAUGGACUAAAUUGAGAUUUUGUCACUGAUCUACACACAAUACCCCAUAAUGUCAAAGGUGAUAAAAAAAAUAUAUAUAUUCAUUAAAAAUGAAAAGCUAAAAUGUCUUGAGUCAAUAAGUAUUCAAACCAUUUGUUAUGGCAUGCCUAAAUAAGUUCAGGAGAAAAAUGUGCUUAACAAGUCACAUAAUAAGUUGCAUCGACUCUCUGUGUGCAAUAAUAGUGGUUAACAUGAUUUUUGAAUGACUACCUCAUCUCUGUACCCUACACAUACAGUGCCUUCGGAAAGUAUUCAGACCCCUUGACCUUUUCCACAUUUUGUUAUGUUACAGCCUUAUUCUAAAAUGGAUGUAAAAAAAAAUCCAUCAGUCUACACACAAUAUCACAUAAUGACAAAGCAAAAAGAGGUUUUUAGAAUUUUUUCCACAUUUAUUUUUCCAAAAUAAUGGAAAUAUCAAUUUACAUAAGUAUUCAGACCCUUUACUCAGUACUUUGCUGAAGCACCUUUGGCAGCGAUUACAGCAUCAAGUCUUCUUGGGUAUGACGCUACAAGCUUGGCACACCUGUAUUUGGGGAGUUUCUCCCAUUCUUCUCUGCAGAUCCUCUCAAGCUUUGUCAGGUUGGAUGGGGAGCGUUGCUGCACAGCUAUUUUCAGGUCUCUCAGAGAUAUUCGAUCGGGUUCAAGUCCGGGCCCUGGCUGGGCCACUCAAGGACAUUCAGAGACUUGUCCCGAAGCCACUCCUGCAUUGUCUUGGCUGUGUGCUUAGGGUCGUUGUCCUGUUGGAAGGUGAACCUUCACCCCAGUCUGAGGUCCUGAGCGCUCUGGAGCAGGUUUUCAUCAAGGAUCUCUCUGUACUUUGCUCCGUUCAUCUUUGCCUCGAUCCUGACUAGUCUCCCAGUCCCUGCCGCUGAAAAACAUCCCCACAGCAAGAUGCUGCCAACACCAUGCUUCACCGUAGGGAUGGUGCCAGGUUUCCUCCAGAUGUGACGCUUGGCAUUCAGGCCAAAGAGUUCAAUCUUGGUUUCAUCAGACCAGAGAAUCUUGUUUCUAGACAUUUAUUUUUUCGGGACCUAGCGGAAGUUUUCCAAUAAACUCUUGUUUAUUUUAACGGUUUCCGUUGCAGAACGUUUUGCUAAGGUGCUAUACGUUUUGUUAAGACACUGCUUUGAACCGAGGUGUGUGUCUCUCUCACGUAGUACCUGGAGUCUGUGCGUCCAUUGCUGAGCAGUCCAGAGUUCGAGCGGAUGACUGUGUUGGCGGCUCAGUUUGAGAACAGUCUGGGGAACAGGCUGCAGCGCUAUCUCAAGCUCAAAGCUCUGUGGGCUACCAACUAUGUGAGUAGACUCACUGCUGCACACACACUGUUUGUUUAUUCACACACACGCACACGCACACAGUUCGCUCACUCACUUAGGCUCAUAGUUGUUGUCGUGUAAAGAUUUCACUUCUAAUCUCUCGCUCUCUCUCUCGCACUCUCUCUCUCUCUCUGUCUGUCAGGUGAGUGACUGGUGGGAGGAGUACAUCUACCUGAGAGGACGAGGCCCCAUCAUGGUCAACAGCAACUACUAUGGCAUGGUACUGCUCUUCCCACGAUACACUAUAGAUAUACACUGGGUAUACAAAACAUUAAGAACACCUGCUCUUUCCAUGAUAUAGACUAACCAGGUGAAUCCAGGUGAAAGCUAUGAUCCCUUAUUGAUGUCACUUGUUAAAUCCACUUCAAUCAGUGUAGUUGAAGGGGAGGAGACAGGUUAAAGAAGGAUUUUUAAGCCUUGAGACAAAUGAGACCUGUAUGUGUGCCAUUCAGAGGGUGAAUGGGCAAGACAAAAAUGGCAAGUGCCUUUGAAAGAGGUAUGGUAGUAGGUGCCAGGCACACCGGUUUUGUCAAGAACUGCAACACUGCUGGGUUUUUCAUGCAAAGCGGUUUCCCAUGUGUAUCAAGUAUGGUCCACCACCCAAAGGACAUCCAUCUAACUUGACAACUGUGGGAAGCAUUGGAGUCAACAUGGGCCAGAAUCCCUGUUCUGAGGGCAAAAGGGGGGAGGGGUGCGCAUGCAACUCAAUAUUAGGAAGGUGUUCCUAAUGUUUGGUGUACUCUGUGUACACUUUAAAUGUACUGUUAUACUGUCUAUGUGAUACACUCUCUACUCUCUCCCGCAACAUAUACCAAUCUCCUUCCCUCCUUCAUGCCUUCAGUUAUCAGACCUUCACUCUUACCUUUCUCCUUCCAACCCUCCCAAAACCCUAUAGCGCCCUCUCCCUCCCCUGUCCCUCUCUAUUGGCUUAUUGUGACAUUCCAGAGACGGUGCUGGGGCAGGAAUUUCCUCGACUACCAGAAAUGCUGGGAAUGUUGCCCCCGGAAACCUUCUCUAGUGCCACAUGUCCUUACCUGUCUCUGUUUGUUUCUGUCUCGCCCUCUGUCUCUCACUCUCUUUCUAAUUAUUUUUCUCUCUCUCACCUCCAUCUCUGACCCCUCCCCUCUUGUCCACUAGGACUUUCUGUAUGUGACUCCCACGCCCAUCCAGGCAGCGAGGGCCGGCAACACCAUCACUGCUCUGCUGCUCUACCGACGCAAGGUCAACACUGAGCAGCUCAAACCUGUGAGUGCUGCUACUAGUACUAGGACACACUGCACUACACCACCACCAGUACAGAGCUACACCCUUUUCUCACUACUAAUCCGAGCCAAGCUGUACUGAGCUGACCUGGUUAUGCACGCUAUUAUUCAAUGAGUAAUUGAUCAAGUUAACGAUCCAAGGAACCCACUGGAAUAGUAGUGAGAUUCCCCUAACUGUCUGUAUUGGACUGCUGUUGCUGCAGACAUAGUUUAUAUGAAUAGAACUGACGUCACUAUGGGAAAUAAUAGUCAUUCAUAAAGGGUUUGUCCAAAAUGGCACCCUGUUCUCUAUAUAGUCCGCUACUUUUGACCAGAGCCUUAUGGGCCCUGUAGUGACCUAUAGUAGUAGUGCACCUAAUAGGGAAUAGGGUGCCAUUUGGGACGUAUAUUGUUAUUGUAUGAAUCAAAUUCAUAUUAGGCAACCGUCUUGGGUGAGUCAGUGGGGUAAAGGUCACAGAGAAUAUAGGCCAGUGAAGAGGUUUAUGGAAAAGGAAUCUCCCCAUUCCAGGUGUGGUUCUUCAAGCCUGUGGCUCUUCAAACCAGAUUCUGUCUUACUGUCAUUUACAACAUUUUGUCAGUUUGUAGAUGUGGGUGUGGGUGGGUGUUGUCAGAGAGGAAGAGCGAGGCCCAACUUGGUGCAAAAUCGGUCUCCCUCCAGCAGGUGGCGCUCUUUCAUUGUUUCGCCCACCAAGCAAGGAGUUUUUGUAUGGAGGUCAAUGAGAGUUUCAAAUUUGGUCAAAGGAAAAAUGUAUGACAUAUUUGCUACAUUAGGUUUAUUUGAUCUAAUAGAAGUUUCGUAAUGCUUAAGUUGUUACAAGUGUACUGAUAUAAGUAGGACACGUGACAUCCCGGCAACUUUUGAGAAAAAACACUUUAUACCAGACUUGUCUCGAUGGCUAUGCAUAUUCAUAGCAUGAACAUAACAUCUCUCUCCAUUGAAUACAGUUGGUUGACAUCAACAACCUCAUCGAAUAUUCAAAAAAGUAUUACAAUAAUGAGAUGUAUCCACCAAUCUAAAGAAAGGAGCUAGAAAGCCCGGCGUGCCGCUUUGUGGAAAACGACUCCCAUUGGGCUGAGAAACAUGUAUCUUGUCAGUAUAUCCAUAAUCUUAUGUGUUGUUGACAUCUGUGACAUGAAUUCUACAGUAUCUUACCAAACUGGAGCACUAAGUUAUUAGUUAGAUAAUAAUUAAAACAAAUAUAUAUAUAUAUAUAUAUAAAUAAUAAUAGAUCAUAAAUCUCAAGAGUUCAUCCUGCAAAAUGUCAAAUAAAUAAAUUAAUAAUAGCCAGCCAACUUUGUUAAACACUCUUUUCUUCUAAUUCCUCAUUGUCCUCCUUUCCUCAAUUCCUACUUCAUGAAGGAUACUGAAGUUGAACAUGGGUUGUUUUCGUGUAUCUACUCAUAUUAGCUGGCUAUUUCAUCGAAGCAGCUGUGUGAAAGUGUCAUUUGAAGGAUCUUUAACCGAGUUCUGUAGAAUUUUUCUGCUGAUAUGGUCUUUUUUUGCGGAACUCUGCCUCUGACUGUCGUCAAUGAAUAUUCCACUUCCUCUCUCUUUCUCUCUCUCUUUCUCUCUCUUGCUCUAUCUCUCUCUCUCAUUCUUAAAUUCCAAAUUGUCAUGGAUGAAAUUAAUGGCAUUUGAGGUUAAACAAUGUGAAGAUACUGUAACUACCAAACCGUUUUUCUCUCUUUUCUCUCUCUCUCUCUCUCACUCAGAGUCGUGUUCCAGGUACAGUCAUCCCUCUGUGUGCAGCUCAGUGUGAAAGGAUGUUCAACACUACUCGCACUCCAGGAGAGGAGACGGGUAAUAAACACACACACACACACAAACAAAAGAGACUGAGUGGCAAGAAAGUCUGUUUUGGAAUCUUUAUUUGAUAGCAUUGACAAGGAAAUGAGACAACGGUAUAAGUAGAGUUCUGCAUCAGCCACUAACCAACUCGCGCGCUCACUCUGUCUCGGUCUCUCUCUCGACGUGUGUCUCCUCUCCAGACGUGCUGCAGCACUGGCAGGACAGUGAAUUUGUGGCAGUCUACCACCGGGGGCGCUACUUCAGGCUGUGGGUCUACAAGGCGGGGCGUCUCCUCUCCCCUAGAGAGAUAGAGUACCAGAUCCAGAGGAUCCUAGAUGACCCCUCACUCCCCGGACCUGGAGAGGACAGGCUGGGAGCACUGACUGCUGGAGACAGGUGUCUAGUGGUGGGGGGAAGAGGGGUGUGUGUGUGCGUGAGCGCCUGUACACAUAGGUGUAUGUACCCACUGCAAAUACAGUUCUCUGCAUUUUUACAACCCGGACUUCCCCCUAAAUAUGAAAGUGUAGAGUUUUGCAUGAUCUGAUGUAUGGCUAAUAGAUGGCCCUACGGAGCUGAUGUUCAUUAUGCCUGAGACAGCUGUAGAUUUGCAGACUUUGGCUUGAGAGAUCAGACAAGGAUAGCACUGCAGGAUAACAGACAUGGGUUCAAAUAUGAUUUGAAAUCUUUCAAAUACUUUGACCGUUCACUCUAGCCAGCCUGGAGUGCCAGGUGGACAGCGUUUUCGUUUUCGGGACUAUUGUAUUGGUCCAUUGAGCCAAGCACGCUCAAUCAAGCACAACUAAAGUAUUUGAAAUUAUUUCUAAUAGUAUUUGAACCCAGGUCUGCAGGAUACCACAGACAAGUAGAGCUUCCAUCGAUCAGUUAUGGUCUAUGUAUACCAACAGUGCUUUUCCGGGCUUUGGUUGUGGUAAGUAGGAAUAAUAAUCAUGAGUAGGACACUCUCUCUCUCUCACACUCGCAGACACAUAAAACGACUCUGUUCAUAUCACAAUUAUUGGUACACCCUGGUACUCCUGUCUGUUUUUGUAGAACUUUACACACAGUAAAUAAACACAUUCUUUCCUGGGGACGUGGUUGUGUUAGCAGCACACCCUUGUCCUCACCAUUGUGUCUCUAGUCAAUCCUCAGCUCGUCAUGAUGACAGCUAAUAGGGUUCAGCUGUUGAGCAAGAAACAUUUGCAACCACAAGGUUGAAUUAGUCUGGUCAUGGAGUGUUUUGUCCUGGCAUGUCCCAUGGGAUCACUUUCACACUACUGUCAAGUAUUCUACAGUUACAUUAUCACUAUACAUACUGUUCUGCAGUGAGUGGGUUAGAGAAGGGGAACAUAUUCCCAUAUGUUUAGUAACAAUGGCAGAUUCUUGCCAGAUUUGGUUGCUGUUGAUAUUAAUGUAUUUCUGUAAGUAAAAAGUACAGUAGACUUUGUUGAGUCUACCUUUUUAAAUAAAGUUUGGUGUGAUUUGGAUGGGGUUUGUCCCAGGGUGCCGUGGUGGACCGUAAGAAAGCAGUACUUCAGCUCAGGGGUGAACAAGCACUCGCUGGACUGCAUCGAGAGGGCCGCCUUCUUUGUCACCCUGGACGAUGAGGAGCAAGGCAUGAUGGGAGAAGACCCAGUGGGAAACCUGGACCGCUACGCCAAGUCCCUCCUCCACGGAAAAUGUUACGACAGGUGUGUGACUGUGUGGUGCAGGCGCAUUAAAAUAAGCUUUUAUUUUGUAGAAAUGUAUAAUCGUGGUCGAGCUUCUACCUAACACCUUACAGAUCUGUGAACAUUGACAGGAUAGGGCCAACGGGAAGGGCUAGGGAGUGAAUUAGAACCAGUUAAUAGAGUGUCCAACUCUGCCUUUCCCAGUUUCCACGCAACAAGAGAACAUUCAAUCCAUCUCACUUCUACAGGGGGGUCUGGUACUAGGGCUGCGUACCAAAUGGCACCCUAUUCCUUAUAUACUGUAGUGCGCUACUUUUGACCAGGGCCUGGGCCCAUAGGGCUCUGGUCAAAAGUAGUGCACCAUAUAGGGAAUAGGGUGCCAUUUGGGAUGCGGCUUAGCUGUUAGUGAAGGACAUCUGCUCUUCAGCUCUAUCGUAGUCUACCGGUAUCUAGAUUGAGUUGAAUUGUGAACAGAUGGAGUCUUCAUCUGGUCCAUUUAAUCCUCUCUUCCUUUCACACGUGCUGUACUGUAGGCCUGCACACACACACAAACAUGGUAUGACAACCUGAUUGAAUUAGCAGCAAAUGUCCAAUAGCACCAGUUGCUUAAGUGAAGUAAUUGACGGAUAUAUCCUAUCCAGGGACAUGGUUCUGGUUGUUUAGAAUCAUCAACAUCAGGCCCAAGUUCCUCUUGUACACCCUCUUCUCCCCCUCCAAAUCAAGUGCUUCACAUCUGUGUCUAAGUUCCAGUGGUUUCCUGUCUGUAUGGCACUCUCAAACAAUACAAUACAGUAUUGAACUCUCAAUUAGAUUGAUGAAUAAUGAGUAAAUACAGUGGGGGAAAAAGGUAUUUAGUCAGCCACCAAUUGUGCAAGUUCUCCCACUUAAAAAGAUGAGAGGCCUGUAAUUUUCAUCAUAGGUACACGUCAACUAUGACAGACAAAUUGAGAAUUUUUUUUCCAGAAAAUCACAUUGUAGGAUUUUUAAUGAAUUUAUUUGCAAAUUAUGGUGGAAAAUAAGUAUUUGGUCACCUACAAACAAGCAAGAUUUCUGGCUCUCACAGACCUUUAACUUCUUCUUUAAGAGGCUCCUCUGUCCUCCACUCUUUACCUGUAUUAAUGGCACCUGUUUGAACUUGUUAUCAGUAUAAAAGACACCUGUCCACAACCUCAAACAGUCACACUCCAAACUCCACUAUGGCCAAGACCAUGUGAUUUGGAUGGGGUUUGUCCCAGAAACAAAAUUGUAGACCUGCACCAGGCUGGGAAGACUGAAUCUGCAAUAGGUAAGCAGCUUGGUUGGAAGAAAUCAACUGUGGGAGCAAUUAUUAGGAAAUGGAAGACAUACAAGACCACUGAUAAUCUCCCUCGAUCUGGGGCUCCACGCAAGAUCUCACCCCGUGGGGUCAAAAUGAUCACAAGAACGGUGAGCAAAAAUCCCAGAACCACACGGGGGGACCUAGUGAAUGACCUGCAGAGAGCUGGGACCAAAGUAACAAAGCCUACCAUCAGUAACACACUACGCCGCCAGGGACUCAAAUCCUGCAGUGCCAGAUGUGUCCCCCUGCUUAAGCCAGUACAUGUCCAGGCCCGUCUGAAGUUUGCUAGAGUGCAUUUGGAUGAUCCAGAAGAGGGUUGGGAGAAUGUCAUAUGGUCAGAUGUAACCAAAAUAUAACUUUUUGGUAAAAACUCAACUUGUCGUGUUUGGAGGACAAAGAAUGCUGAGUUGCAUCCAAAGAACACCAUACCUACUGUGAAGCAUGGGGGUGGAAACAUCAUGCUUUGGGGCUGUUUUUCUGCAAAGGGACCAGGACGACUGAUCCGUGUAAAGGAAAGAAUGGGGCCAUGUAUCGUGAGAUUUUGAGUGAAAACCUCCUUCCAUCAGCAAGGGCAUUGAUGAUGAAACGUGGCUGGGUCUUUCAGCAUGACAAUGAUCCCAAACAAAGUCCGUGUUGCCCAGCGACAGCCCCAAAACAUCACUGCUCUAGAGGAGAUCUGCAUGGAGGAAUGGGCCAAAAUACCAGCAACAGUGUGUGAAAACCUUGUGAAGACUUACAGAAAACGUUUGACCUGUGUCAUUGCCAACAAAGGGUAUAUAAUAAAGUAUUGAGAAACUUUUGUUAUUGACCAAAUACUUAUUUUCCACCAUAAUUUGCAAAUAAAUUCAUUAAAAAUCCUACAAUGUGAUUUUCUGGAUUUUUUUCUCUCAUUUUGUCUGUCAUAGUUGACGUGUACCUAUGAUGAAAAUUACAGGCCUCUCAUCUUUUUAAGUGGGAGAACUUGCACAAUUGGUGGCUGACUAAAUACUUUUUUUCCCCACUGUAUUAGUCUGAUGUUUUGGCUGGACCAGGACAGUGGUGGGUGGUCUGGGGAUUGUGACAGAUCAGGGUGUUGGGUCAAGACGUUUACACAGAUCAGACACGGACAGAGUAUGAUUAGCUCGGUUUCAAGGGUGUUUAUUAAUAAAAUAAUCAAAAGAAAAGGUUAGGUCUCCACCAUGAGAUCCUCUCCAGGAUACAGUCUCCAACUACACGGAAGUUACCUUACUGCCCCCAGUCCUCUCUCCUGUGCUGCCUUUCUGGCAGCUUUAUGGGCCUUGCACAGCUCGUGAGCAAUCCGCCCUCAGUGCAAAGUCUGUUUCCCUUCUCGAUAGGGCAUCCGCGUUUCCAUGCUUCGCCCCUGACCUGUGCACAACAGAAAAAGAGAAGCAUUGAAGGGACAAGAACCACCUGGUGACCCGAUCAUUUGUGUCUUUUCCCCUGGCUACUAGUCUACUAUUACCAAGAUGUACCUGUGUCCUCGUGCAGUCUUUACCAGGGGUCACACUAUGUCCAUGGCGACGCGUUCAAAGGGCACCCCGAUGAUCGGCAGGGGGACCAGAGGCUUUCGGAAGUGUGCUUUUGGGGCAGUGAGUUGACACUCCGGGCAGCUGCGACAGUAGUCUUCCACGGCCCUCCUCAUCCCGGGCCAGUGGAACCGGGCGGCGACCCGUUUCCGGGUCUUCUCCAUUCCCAGGUGUGCCCCCAACAGGUGGGUGUGGGCCAGCUGAAGAACGGUUCCUACGUACCGUUGUGGCAGCAACAAUACCUCUCAAAGUUCCCCCUGUUGGCGCGACACCUGAUACAAAUUAAUUUGGAAAUGGGGGUAUCGCCCGCCAGUCACUCACCCCCGGAAGUAGCUGUCCAUCCACCGCUAUCACUUGGGCUGCGGUAGCUUUCAAAUUCGGAACCUCCCAGUGGGCCGUCCCGAAUUGUCCCCUCAGUUGGCCCCCAACGGGGGUCUCGACUGGCCCCUCGAAAUCAAGAAGGGGGAGGCUGGGCUCCUCCUCCAGUGGUUCCCCAGGGGGUUCGGGUUCCGGCUCCCCCUCCGACUCCGGACCCGUAGAGUCAGGUGGGUUAACCGGUUGCGUCCUGGCCGCACAGGCGAGGGGUCAUCCCCGCUCUCUUCUUCGGCCGGCUCGUAUCUUUUUUUCAACUCAUGCCCCCAUAGGGCUGCGAACAGCGGACAAUCCCAUCCCACUAGGAUAGGUACCGGCAGCUCUGGUACUGCACCCACCAUCAGCUGGCAGCUCCCUUGUGGUGUCACGAUGUUGGUCCAUACAGCGGGAUACCGCUUUGUGUCACUGUGAACACAGGAAAUGGACAUCUCCCUAUCCCGUUCGGUCUCCUGGUUCAGCAGGCUCGUGGUUACGAGCGUAACCAUGCUUCCGGAGUCUAAUAGGGCUUCCGUGUCAUGUCCAUCAACCUUCACCGGGACCAUGGGUGCCGUUGAUUCACGGUGCGCCCAACAGGAGGUGACAUAGUUCACGGCAUGACCAACCUGGCCUCCGGUGCUAGCUGAUGACAUCGACUCCUCUCGAGCAGGGCAAUUCCAGGCAAUGUGCCCCUGGGCGCCACACUCAAAACACCUCCGUUGGUCUCCAUCUACCUGGGGUCGUCGGUGGCGGGUCGGCCCUUCCCCAGCCAUCUCUCCAUGGGUUUGCGGUCCCUUGGCCCUGCCGACUGUCGGUUCGGGGUAAACCGCUGUGGGGUUGUCCUUCCGUUCCCUCGCACAGGUCGCCGACUCUCGUCCCGGCUCCCCCUCAGUGGGGUCUGAGUGUUCUGAUGCAUCUCCACUGCUUCCAGGAGGCCCUCCAAGGUCUGGGGCGCGCAUAGGCUCUCUGCCCUCUUCAUGUCAUGGGGUAGCGCCCGUACGAAGCGAUCCAGGACCACUUUGUCGAGGAGGGAGAGGGUGGAUAUGUCGGUUAGGAGCCAUGCCCUGGUGACGCGCAGAAGGUCACUCAUCUGAGCUCGGUGGGAGGCGUCGGGUACGAACCUCCAGCCCUGGAACCGUUGAGCCCGAUGGGCCAGGCUGUACCCGUAGCGGCUGAGUAUCUCCCGUUUGAGUAUGUCGUAGUUAGCCGCCUGUUCGUUGUUCAGGUCCCAAUAUGCCUCCAGAGAGGAACGGGGCCAGCAGACUUGCCCACUUCGGACGUUCAAACGUACAAAUGUGAUCGUCUUCCGUUUGCUUGAUUAAAAACUGGUUGGGAUGGGAUUCAGGAGACGCUCCUCCUUGCAGCUUCCUGACUUCCUUCACGAGGCGGACGUUUUGUAGUCACUGUUCCUCCAGCGUUCGUUCCUGAACCGCCCGUUGUGCUUGUUGGGCCCGGAUGAACUGAGCUAUCAACACGUCCAUGCUGAUGCUGUGUAAACGUCAACCCUGAUCUGACCACGUUAUCAAAAUGCCUACAUUCUCCACCACUUGUGGCAGAUCAGGGUGUUGGGUCAAGACGUUUACACAGAUCAGACACGAACAGAGUAUGAUUAGCUCGGUUUCAAGGGUGUUUAUGAAUAAAAUAAUCAAAAGAAAAGGUUAGGUCUCCCCCAUGAGAUCCUCUCCAGGAUACCGUCUCCAACUACACAGACGUUACCUUACUUCCCCCAGUCCUCUCCCAUGUGCUGCCCUUCUGGCAGCUUUAUGGGCCUUGCACAGCUGGUGAACAAUCCGCCCUUAAUUACUCACCAGCUCCCAAUCAGCCCCAAUUAGUCCUGUCCGGAGAGCCCGUUCGAGACCUGGCACGUCCAGCAGAUGGAGCCACCGCCUCGUGAUGUAUACUCCAUCGAGUCUCCCCCUGGUGGCUGACCUGCUGUAUGCCACAGGAUAUAUAUUUCUGCUUUGAUAGUGUGUGGUCAACUCUCAAAACUAAAAGCACUAAGCUAAUUUAUCUAGUUCUCUCUCUCUCUCUCUCUCUCUCUCUCUCUCUCUCUCUCUCUCUCUCUCUCUCUCUCUCUCUCUCUCUCUCUCUCUCUCUCUCUCUCUCUCUCUCUCUCUCUCUCUCUCUCUCUCUCUCUCUCUCUCUCUCUCUCAGGUGGUUUGAUAAGUCCUUUUCUGUGGUGGUGUACAAGAAUGGGAAGAGUGGGCUGAAUGCAGAGCACUCCUGGGCCGACGCCCCAACAGUGGCACACCUGUGGGAGGUGUGUGUGUCUAUCUGUCAAACAUAGGCAUAAUCAAAUGGCACUUUUUUAGGACCUUUUCUUCUGAUAUUUUUAGCUACAGAACAUAGAAAUGUGCCGUUUUCACAUUGUGUAGACACUAGUAUGGUGCUGGAGAUAAGAGGUUAAAAGGAUGGGGGAAUUCCCCAUGACAGCCCAAAUAACCUGUCCUCAAUGGAGAUAAAGCGCUUGGUUUUAUUUAGAAUAAUCUGAUCUUGCAGAUGUUAGUGUACGUGUGAGGUAGACUACAUAUGGCCAGAUAUGUGGCUAAAAGUGCCUGUGGUUAAAAAGAGGUUAGCCAAGUUCAGGAUGUUCCAGUUAUUAUCCAUAUGGGAAGUGAUAAACAUAUUUGUUAUUCGUUCUUGGCAGAUAAAGUUUCUGUGUGUUCUAAACUCUGAACUUUGUGAGUCGGCUUUUAAGUGUGUGUAACGGCAGCUCUCUGUCUGUCCUCAGUUUACCCUGGCCACAGAUGCCUUCCAACUGGGUUACACAGAGGACGGCCACUGUAAGGGAGAGGUGGAGCUCUCCUUACUGCCUCCUCAGAGACUCACCUGGGACAUCCCUGUGGAG